AUGACGAUGAAUCAAGUGCCACUCCCCGAGAGCUCUUCUAACUUCACUAAACAUAUUCAAGUCCUUCUAUACCCUUACGAAGAGGAGCGCCCGAAGGCGAUCAAGGCAGUCUUCGAAGGGAAUCGUCGCCACGCGCAACGACGCUACCUGUUCGCGGACGCCAAGUUGCGCUGGCGGGAGACGCAGGCCUACGUGCACGACAUCCUGACGACGAGCAAGUACAACGGCAGAAAGUACACUUUCAGAGUGUUCUUCAAGCGAUACAAAGGCCUGCCCAAGAACCAGGCCAUCAGGGCAUUGGCGAAUGCAGCGAAUGCCUUCGAAGGCGACGUCUUGGUUGCGGCGAUAGGUCCUGACGUUGGGCUUCGCAACCUGAACACUGCACUGCAGAGGAGGGCGGCGAACAACGCGGUCGCGAAGCUCAGCCGAAGGCUGACUCCCUUUCGCAAGAAGAGAUUCCCUGCUAGGAUCACGCUGUAA